AUGAUGCACCCGUCGCGACAAGCCUACGUGGAGGAGGCCUCACCGCCGGCAGGCGUGGCCCUAGAGGACCUUCCAGAGGACCACGACUAUGAGAUGCCCCUGGCCGGGUCGGAGAAGGCGUCGGCCAUCAUGAACCAGUUCAACCGCAAACGCCUGGCGGCCGGCAUGGCGGUGCCUACCGACGACGGGCGCGUGCGCGCAAGGCUGCGGGAGAUGGGCGAGCCCGUGACGCUGUUCGGCGAGGGCCCCGCCGAACGCCGUGACCGUCUGCGCGAGCUCCUGACCAUCCAGGCGGAGAUGGCCGGUCUGGAGAAUGGGGGCGACGUGGAGAUGGCCGACGCAAACGAGGGCCGUCAGGAUGACGAGGACGACGAGGCCGAGGAGGAAUUCUACUCGCGGGGUGGCGCCGAACUCCUGCGGGCGCGUAGGAACAUUGCCGAGUACUCGCUGCCGCGGGCGAAGCGGAGGACGGCCUUCCAAAAGGCCGAGUCGUCGAUACCGCUGCGGACGCACGUCAAGUUCCGCAAGAACAUCAAGGAGAGGCUGCAGGGGUUCGAGCUGCAGGGCAGUCAGACGGUGGGUGAGCGUCACGUGAGCAUGACGAGGAUAUCGCCGAAUGGCGAGGCCGUGGCUGUGGGCAACUGGGGCGGGCAGGUCAAGCUGGUCGAGAUACCCAGCCUGGAGCAGAAGAGGACGUACCGCGGGCACACGAGCAAGAUCAGCGGCCUCUCGUGGUUCCCGGGGGCGACGCUUCCAGAGAAGGGGGUGUCCCCGGACGCCGUCAACCUGGCCUCUGGCGGUGCCGAGGGCUCCGUGCACCUCUGGUCGCUCAACCAGGACACGCCGCUGUCGACGCUCUCGGGCCACACCCAGAGGGUGUGCCGCGUCGAGUUCCACCCUUCGGGACGGUACCUGGCGUCGGCGUCGGACGACACGUCGUGGCGCCUGUGGGACGUGGAGACGACCUCCGAGGUGCUGCUGCAGGAGGGCCACUCGCGCGGCGUCUACGCCGUCAGCUUCAACACGGACGGGUCGCUGCUGGCCAGCGCCGGGCUCGACAGCAUAGGAAGGAUAUGGGACCUCCGGUCCGGCAGGACCGUCAUGAUCCUCGACGGCCACCUCGACGGCCAUAUCAAGCCCAUCCACGCCCUCGACUGGAGCUCCGACGGCCACCGCGUCCUCUCAGGAUCCGCAGACGGCUGGAUCAAGUGCUGGGACGUCCGCAAGGUCCAGAGGACCGGCGGCAUCGGCGCCCACUCCAGCGCCGUCUCUGACAUGCGAUGGUUCAAGGGCCUGGACGAUCCCCUCGAGGGGGUCCUGCCCCCCGCCACAGACGACAAGGGCGCCCAGGUCCCCAAGAAGUCGGGCACUUUCUUCGUCUCGGCCGGAUUCGACCGCAACGUCAAGAUCUUCUCCGCAGAUGACUGGACCCUCGUCCAAACACUCAGCGGCCACACCGGACCCGUCGCCAGCGUCGACUACAGCAGGGACGGAAAAUGGAUUGUCAGCGGCGGUCACGAUCGGACCGUUAAGCUGUGGGGUCGCAAUGAUGGGGAGUCAUUUUAA